UACCAAUCAUCGGCUGUUUGAUCAACAAUUUGAAGUAGAAGUUCGUAGAAGCUUGAGUAAGAUCCUUAGCAAUGUCAAAUGGAUCUGAAGAUAGAAGUGAGCAUCCACAAGAGUUGAAUGGAUCAUCACCAACACCUCUGAUGACACCACAAGAACAAGAAAUUGAUGAUUUUUGGAGGAGAAGACAAGAGGACAUUGAGAAUUUGAUGAACUUCAACAAUCACAAUCUACCCAUAGAAAAUAUUGAAGAAAUCAUUAGAGCCAAUCUUGGUAGUGUCAUGACAUCAUCUGACACUCCACCAUAUGUGACAAAGCUAUGUGAGCUAUUUAUCCAAGAACUGGCAAUCCGCGCUUGGAUGUGUGCCUCAUCCCAUGGCCGCUACACCAUACUUGAAUCAGAUAUCACAGAGGCCAUUAAUUCGACCAAGCCUUAUAGUUUCCUCAAUGGUGUUCUCCCAAGGCAUGGGACAAAUCAUGAUCAAGAAUCCACAUCCAGCAAUAUGUCCCAACUACUACAGGAGACACAAUUUCUUGCAGCAAGUGAUGAAAGUAUCAGAACUGCCACACCAACCAUAAUGACUCCUAUAGUAGGCCAUGGAGAAGUUGUUGAUGGUGAUCAUCAAAAUAUUGGUGUGCAGAGAUGCCCUGAGAAUUAUGAUAGUGCAAGUGCUAACAACACUGACUCUACUAAGGAUAUGGUGGCUUCUGAGUCUACAUUGCACAAAUUAGUGAAAGAGGAAGACUCACAAUUUCCUGAAGAAAACCAUGUUCUUACAAGUAGCAAUGCAUUGGAGAUGAAGAAUGAUGAAGAUCUUAACAAUAUGUCUACCACCUCAAGUGGAAGCACUAAAGAAACCAAAUAAAAUACAAGUUGAUCAUUUAUCCAUUGUGUCAUCAAGUGUUAUAUUAAAUGAUAUGGCAGAAGCAUCAACUAUGUAUGCCCUACAUAUAGAAAUAAAUUAUGGGAAACCUUGUCUUGAGUUUUC